CUCCAAUCCACAACCAAGGAAUCACCAAUAAUGAAGAAUACUUUUCCUUCACCUCUCUGCCUAGCCCUUUUGCUCACCAUAGCCGCCGCCACCAGAGUAGCCCUUGCCGUCGAUUACGAAGUCACCAACACCGCAAUCGGCACACCCGGUGGUAACCUCUUUGACUCCGAGAUCAGUGUUGAUUACACCAAGCAAGUCCUGGCCGAUGCCACUUCAUUCAUCUGGACCACCUUCAACCAGGGCAACGAGGGAGAUCACAAGAACAUACAAAUCAUCAACGGCCUCAUCGAGAGCCUUGAUGGCGUCGCCUACACUGCAGGAAUCGCUAUCCACGUGAGCGCACAAUACAUAGCGAACUUCCAAGGCGACGUGAAGACGGAGAUCACUGGCGUGCUGUACCACGAGAGCACACACGUGUGGCAGUGGGAUGGGAAGGGACAAGCGUCGUCAGGGCUCAUCGAAGGGGUGGCCGACUACGUGAGGCUCAUGGCUGGUUACGAGCCACUCGACGGCCAUUGGGUGAAGCCCGGGCAGGGAGACCGGUGGGAUCAGGGCUACGAUGUCACGGCGCGAUUCCUUGACUACUGCGGUGGGUUAGACUCUGGGUUCGUGGCGAAGCUUAAUGCUAAGAUGAAGGAUGGUUAUAGCAAUGAUUUUUUUGUUGAGCUACUUGGUAAGACUGUGGAUCAGCUUUUUAGCGACUACAAGGCUGCGUAUGCCGGUUAAUUCUUGUGCUGAUGGUUUUCCAUACACGUUGUUAUGUGCAGCGUCAAAAAUAUUAUUGUGAUAUUAUUUUCUGGCAAUGACUUCGAUGUUAUUUCAGUUAAACUAAAGUCCAAUGUAAUAAGUUCUUAAUUUUGUUAUGUAUACAAAAAGCCGAAUAUUUCCACAUCCAUUAAAAACUGAUUUAAAUUA